AGCAUUUUAUUGAAAGAGAAUCAAAAAAGCUGGGAGAUUGACGGGGAGAGACAAAGAAAGUCUGACAAUCUACUGGGAGAUGGAGAGUUUGGAGCUGUAAAUAAAGGGAGCUAUCGAGGACAAGAUGGAAGGAUUUAUGAUGUCACAGCAAAUCGGUUUGAAGGUAUUAAAUGAAUCAAGGACGCCGAAGUUCGGUUAUAAUUUUCUUGUGCACACUGUACUAUAAUUUCUCUUCCUUUUUUAUGCAGUUAUUUUUAAAGAUCACUGUUUUUUUGUUUUGUUUCGUUGCGAAGAGCCUCUUUUCCCGUGUAUUAAAGGCUAGUCUCUUUUAAAGAAUUGCUUAUUCUCACUGUCAAACCAUCAAAAUUAAAGAACAAAACCGUUCAAUAGAUAAAGUCCAGGAUUUGGGAAAUGAAAUGAGGUAAAUAUGCAAAGAUCCUCGCAAAGAUUCAGGUCAAUAACAUUAGUGUCCAUCGGGAAAACGUCUUCGCCUUGGCGGCCGUUUACUCCCGGGAGCUGGGAUAUUUUCAACCUAGGGCCUCCGUGAUAUCUCCUCGUAAAAAUUAAUUUGAAAAUAUACUUUUAAGGUGAUACAGUGUUCUAUGCUAUGCAUACAUUAGCGAUGUACCCGCUCAAGAUGUCUACAGUAUACGAAGUCACGUAAACAUCAUUUUUCGGAUCUUUUGGUUACUGUAUACUAGAUUAUGUAGAUUAACCCUCAUCGUCAUCUAAUUUUCCCCCCCCCCCCCUUAACCAUAUUCGGUAUGUACUGAAAACAGCGCAUUUUAAUUCUCGUUUGUUGCUCAGUGGGUAACCAGGCCUGAAGCAAGUGUCAUACGUUGAUCAUCUUACACAUGCUUCAAGAAGUGUUCUUGUCAGUAAAUUGACACUCUUUCAUGAGCAGCAUGAUUUCCCGUAACUCUUUCGUGGGAAUUGGUGGAUUAUAUUCAUAGUGAUCUUUUCGUUUUAAAGGCAAAUAAUGUCAAUCCCUUCUGACUUAAGAGUGUUUUUGUGUACUCGAGAUCUGCGUCUCAAAUUAAGAAAAUUACACUUAGAACUUUAAGUACCAAGUGUAAGAGCAAACUUAAGUCCUGCUUAUAAGAUUACUGUAACUGAUCAGAAGUAUUCGAAGUAUGUUUUCUAAACUCAAACGUUGUGUAGUUGUUUUGAAUUCAAAAUCUGUUCAACUGCUUUGAAAUUUUAGUACAUUUUUUAUGACUUGCAAGUGAAAAACCUAAGGCCGAUUCCUAACGAUAUACCGUAAAUCUGUUCUUUUCAGGGGAAUUUUGUGUUCAUCUGUCAAAAGAGCGGUUUCGAACGAGUGAGUUGCCUCGUCCAACACCCAGUGAUAUUCCUGCCAAAAGAACAUUGAAGUUUCGCCAGCCGAUGACUCGCGCUUGUGACAGCGGCAAAAAUACUAGGACUAGCGUCGGACAAAACAAUGCUUUGGAGGGAGAAAGGUACAAGUAGUGUACGUACAUUCAGUGUAAUCUUUGCGUAGGUGGAUCGAGAAUAUUUUAUUUUCGUUUUAAAAAACGAUAAACGUACUUUAGUCUCAUAUUGACGUGAUCCUUUUUAAAAUGUAUAUUAAAAACCAGAAGCAUAUAGCCCUGAAGCCCUGGACAACCAAUCAAAAUUUACUUGAUAUCAGCAUUUUAUACUGAAGAGGCCACCCUGGCUAAAUAACAUCUAUUAUGAUUAUGAUUAUUAUUAUCAUUAUCAUUAUUAUUAUUACUAUUAUUAUUAUUAUUAUUAUUAUUACUUCCUAAUAUGGAAUUACUGAUACGCGAGACUGUCCGGUGAGUGUUUAUUAUGAAAGCCCUGUUUCAAUCACAGUUUUACGAAGUAAAAAAAUGGGAAUACUAUUCCCAAAAUGGCCAGGGGUGACUUCUACCGGACAAGACAAAGUGGAAUAAUCACGAUCAGCAUUUUUCGGGAAUGGCUUUACUUGUUGACACGAAAGCUAGCGCGCGCUUAAAUAAGUAUGCGUGAAUAUUGCGCGCUUUUUUUGUACCUCGUAGUUUUCUAAGGUUGUUAUCUUAAUAUUAAGAAAAAUGUAAAAAGGCCGCUCAGAAUAACAUAAAAUGUUUUACAGUUCACAUUGAGACGGAAAACUACUUAUCGAGCAAGACGAUUUAUUUUACGAAAAGUCAAGAGGAGGUUAGACACGGUCGCAAGGUAUCAUGGGACGAAUUAUCGAAUUGAGCGUCGUUGGACUCAUUUGCAUCAAACCUUCGAGAAAUGUAGUCUGCUACACUGCCGUUUUUAGUGCGUCACGCAACGCUCCUCCCCACUACGAGCAGUGCGGAUCUCCAGUUUUACCAAAUGUUACCUGAAAGAAGCGCUGAAUCGGCUUUUCGUCCCUUCCUCUUGUCUAGUUAGUAUUCUUUGCUCACAACAAAUGGCAAAGUUUUACCCUAAGCGGAGGAUUUAUUCGGACGAUCCAUCGAAGAUUCAAAACAUGCGGGGAAAAUAACUGUAACAUUUUCGUUCACAGCUAUUUUGCAGGAGAAGCUUUUUCCGUCGCAUUUUUCAGGCAUAGUUUGGAUACGGUUGCCGUUGCUGUCUGUACAUCUAAUUCUCGGGUUAUAAUUCCGAUAUAGGUCUUGUUCAAUUUGGAUUCUUUUGUGCGCGGAGGACAAAGAAGUCGAGUUUCUAUCGAUGAAGUUUGUAUUUUAUGACAAUCUCAUUGCACGGUUUUUUGGUGUCGCUCAACUUUAAGAUAUUAGAUAAACAUAGAUAAUUUAUUGAAACACGUCGCAGCUGUACAUGGGUGAAUUGUGUAUUACAUAUAAAAUUUAAAAGGCAUUGAAAUCUUUAACUCUCUCUUAUACGAGUGUCAAAGAAAUAAAACUACAACAGUCAAGUCUGGAGUAAACAGGGAAGGGCUCCGAAGUGAACCCUUCCAUUUAAUAACAUUUGCCCAAGAAAGGCACCGCCUAACCCCAGACGAAAAAGUCUCCACGAGGGAAAAAUCCAAACACACGAAGCUAGACGCUCAACUGCGUGCAUUCUAUCUUUAACUGGGACGUGUAUAUAAGACCUAUAAGCAUCUGACUGCCAGCAGUCUCCUAAACGCUUAAUCAGUUCUGCAGGGAUUUGAGCUUGAAAAGCCAGAGUGGCUCCGCCCGAGCGAAAGCUAUGUCCACUAACUUGAGAGGGGUCUAUGUUCGUCUUGGCUGCCAACAGCUUUAGAAGGGAGUCAAACUUUCCAUAAGUCAGAGCAGUCAGGCCUUCCUCAGUUGAUGCUGGGAUGGAGGCUGGACCCAAUAAAGGUGCAGGUACCAAGAGAAAGGCAUGUCUGAGAGCUGUAUAAGGGCAGAGUGGACGAUGGGCAAUGCGAGGUAACGGAACAGUUAAAAAGCGCUGACCAAAUUGGAUGGUCUUUGACCAUCGAUUAAUGGUGCUGGUCCAGUAAGUAAAGAAGAGUAUGUCUUCCCUGCGUAGGUGUUUGGACGGGUCAAACUGUGAAUCCUGUGCAUUGCAAAUUCGCCUUACGCAGGAGGCCAAAAAGCGUUACUAGGCAAACUGCCCAGAAAGUUGCAUGCAAAGGUUUGUCCAAAUUUAAGUGACUCUUGAAGGCUAAUAGGAAAUGGGGUGUAAUCGGUUUCUUUUGGGACACUGUUAAACGUUUUACACGCUUGUUUCGUCGAAGUGUAGUUGCCAACUGAGAAUUGUUUUUGGUUGGGUCAGUCAGACCAUGUUGAAGGUGUAGAAUGCGAACCGCAUUUAAAUAAGCUGGGAUGGAGGUUGCUGAGAGUUACCUUGUCAGAAAAGCUGCGUAGCGAGUAAGGGUUAAUGCUGCUCUUGGGAGAGGCUGGUAACCGCAGUAUACACAAAAGGAUAGGUAUGAACGCCUUUGAUGUUUCGUUCUCCUGCCGUUCUUUCUGGUCGCCAUAGUGUAAACAACGACAACAACACACCGUAAGAAUCUAUUCUGAGAAAUAAACGUGUAUUCAGCGAAGCUACGAUAGGUACAAGCACAUGGCAAAAAGCUGCGUAGAACACAUGACCGAGAAAGAAACUAGUGCCAGUCCUCCCUCCCUUCCGCUAGAGUUAAAUACAAAUAAAUGUAAUUAUUUUAGACAAAAAUAUGUACAAUAAUCAUGAAGGCAAAUACAUUUAACAAAUAAAAUCAAGUUUAAAAAGUAUCAUCUAAGCUACCAUUUGGAGCAAUUAUGAUCUAAUAAGACUUAUCAGACUGUUGACAUGAAGUCAUUUAAAAACUUUAAUUUCUUAAACCUAGCUAUUGUUCUUACAAAGCGGGAGAUAAUACGUGCGCUGGCGCCUUAGUUUGAAUUGUGUGGGAAAUACUGGCCACAAAAGCUUUCCCUGUUUAUGCUGGCCAUCGCUAAUUAUAUUCUUGAAAAUGCGUGGACAGAUGUUGCAAUGAUGUUCUGCAAUGGUCGGAAGGCCUUAGUAGCAUAUUAAGCGCAUGACACUACAUAAUUUUCCCAUGACACUGAAUUAUCAGACUGAUUGGAUGAUCUCCACCCUCUCCGCACCUUACGAUCAUGCACCUGAACACACGAGCGACGACAUCAACGUUUAAGGAGUUCUUACGGCUUGACUAUCAACAGUUAUCCGCAGCUAGAUAUUAAUUCCCUUAGCGAAACUGGACCUAGCCAAGGGACUAGCCGCAGAUUUUUAUUUACGAUUUGAGUAGUAUCAGAAAAAGAACGAGUGAGCGCAGCGAACGAGUGAGGUUUCUGAUACGUAUUGACUGUGUUUAUUUCAUAGGUACUGAGAUUUUUGUUGUAUUUUAGUAGACGAAUUCCACAAUUGGGGAGAUCAAAAAUGUAACAAGUAGUCAAUUUAAAAUCGCUCAACAACAACUAAGUUAAUGAAAGCCUAUAAAAUUUAGAACACUUACUGUGUUGUCCAGCCAGAGCAAACCCUUCUCGUACAGUAUUUUUAACUCUUCGCUUGUCAAAGCUACCGAUGCUUUGGGUUUAUUCCAUUUUCCUUGCUUCUUCAGCUUUUUUUGCUUGGAUUGAGGAAAUUUUCUGGUUUUCUCAAAGACCAAGUUGUUGAUUAUGCUGGCAGAAUAGCCAUUUUUCUUCAACUGUCGUUCGAAGCUGGCCAUUAAACUUCGAAGCGAAGCGUCGUUCGCUUUGCUGAUUGGACGAAUGAUAGUUUUUUACGGUGAAAUUUUGUCGUUCGUGCUCCUGAUUGGCUACGAGCAGUAUCAGUAUGAAUUUUAUCCACUAUGAUUUUCGUGGAUAAAUCUCAGUACCUAUGAAAUAAACCUGGUUUUGCAGCCGAGUUCAGAACUAGCCAAGGUUUGAAGGGCGUGGGCGUUGGACCCUACAGAAAAAAAUAACAUUAAAUAUGAGGGCCCACUUGACAAAGAGGAAUUCCACCCAGAGAUAAGACUGUGAAAGGUUUGAACCCAGGAGUCAUUUCAAAAGUAGGUUGAGUUUGAUCGUCCGGGUGAACGUAGUCUUGAAUAGAACUCUUAUUGUUAACAGUGACUGACGUCUCGACAACCUGUUCGGUAGUCAUCUUCAGAGUCAAAGUGAGGUCUAUUACGAUAGUUGAUGGUAUUAUACUCUGGUUAUUGAUCUAAUUGGCCAAUUACGUCGCGAUGUUAUUGGUCGUCUGUCAGUUAAGCCGUGAUGUUAUUGGCAAUGAAGACACCCGCACUGCAACGCACACUUAACAACAAACCUCUUACACUGAAGAAAACCGACAAGAUCGAUUUUCGACGCUACAACAGACAACAACCGAAAUCGGGCAAAUGUUGGCUUCGCGAAAUACCUGUUUUGAGGUUUCCGAGUAUUAUAAAGGUAUUAUAAAGAUUUAGAACCAAAGAAACUGGUUCUCUUUCAUCUUAUGUGAACCUUGUUUUAUCGACAAAUUUUGAACGGAAUGGAAAUUUUGAUCAUGAUCAAGUGGUCGAUUCUUACUAGGACAGCCUAUUAAAAGUUUCGGAUUACCUACUAGAAUAAGUAUGGGGUCAGACAGCGAGAGCAAUUGUCUUAUUAUACCUAUAUUUUAUUAUACCUUUUGUAAAUUUUCUGAUCAUAGAAAUAUAUUUAUAGUAUCUUAUUAAAGGAGAAGGAAGAAAGCUGGGAGAUUGCCUCGGAUAGAUUAAGAGUGUCUGACGUAGUACUUGGAGAGGGAGAGUUUGGAAUUGUUAAUAAAGGUAGCUACCGGGGACAAGAUGGAAGGAUCUAUGAUGUCGCAGUAAAGCAGUUGAAAGGUACUAUUAUAAAUGAAUAAAAGGCACCUAAUUUGGUUGAUAUGUUUUUUCAUUUAGUGCGUCUUCAUUUAUCAGCCUUACUUUUAAAGGAAUGAGUAGACAUGCUGCAACGAAACCUGUGUUGCAGAAGAAAUGUGCACAAUGUACAUCAACAUAUUUUUCUUGCAUUUACUUCUUUGUUUCACGCCUUCUUCUUCUUUUCAAAUGUCCUCUCCUCUAACAGGGCCCCAAGAACUCCCACAGAAGGCUUGAUGCAGGUUAUCUGGUAUAAAAAAAUAAAUGGAUAAAUAAAUGAUAAUGAUGAUGAUGAUGAUAAAGUAUAUAUCUUGCCGCGAUUUAGAAACAUCGAACACAGUGAAAGCUAAUCAGUGUAUAACAUGUUAAUAAAUUUACUGUUAUGUGGCUUUUCUAUACAGAUGGUACAAGCAUGGAAGACAAAAACGAUUUAUUAAGUGAAAUAAAGAUGUUAAAACAAGCUGGACGGCAUCCAAACAUCGUCAGCUUAGUUGGCGUUUGUACUCGAGAGGGUAUGUUUUAUCCUAAUCAGUAUUUGCUGUUAUGAAUUAAUACCCGGCUCCUUUUUUUCUUUAAUAAGUUUCUUUUUUCUUUUUUAUUAUUAUUUCAGAGAAGAUUCUUGUUGUGACUGAACUGGUUCCGUAUGGUAGUUUAAAGAACUUCCUUAUAUCAAAACGAAUAGCAUGCGUUUCUGGUGAAGCGAGUCGUUAUGUAAAUGUACGUUUUGGCUUAAACGACCGGGUGUUACUUAAAAUCGCGUUUCAAAUCGCUUUGGGGAUGCAGUUCUUAGAAAAGAAAAAGGUAAGGGUAUAUACGUGUAAUACCUUUUUGCGUUCAAAUAUAAUAUCUUCUUUCCAUUCUCAAAACGUGCUUACCUCUUUGUAAUAUAUCUUUAAAACAUUUUCCUGUACCUCAGCACGUUUCAGCAUAUGAAGGGAUGAUUAUUCUAGCAGAUAUUUUUCAUAUAGUAGUUGUCAUCCGUGGAGUGGUAUUUUUCUAUAUUCUUCCUCUGGGGCCGUCUGUCUUUGCUCUGUCUAUAUUAUUAAGAGGGUCUCAAUGGAGUUAACAGAUAGGCGUAAAACGGCCAAAAAUUUAGUCGAUAGCCGUGAAAAUUGAAAAAUUUUAACCGCUAGCCGUAAAGAGAGUAAAAAAGAGUUAACCGUAAAAGAAACUGUUCCCUAGAUUUGCUACUUUUAACCCUAUUCAGACUGGGCUUUUUUGGUCAAUCUGUGACUGGGGGGGGGGGGGCUCCUCGGACCCCCCCUCUGUAUCUCUGGAACCAAUGAUGCUAGGGUCAUGAAAUUUACACACAAUGAUCAUCUCCGUACAAAGAAGCCCCACACCCAGUUUUGACUUGCCACGCCCAAUGAUGACGUCACAGUGACGUCAAAUUCCGAUUUUUCAAUGUUUCUUAUUAUUUUUCCACUUAGAUACAUAAAAUAUCAAUAAUAUUGGUAAAGUCAUCUCUUUAAUAUCCUUUCUUAUGAACUAGUAACAAGGAGCCACUUGUAUAGCGAGAAAAAGUAAUAGGAAGCAAUAAAAUUUAAAAUUUGAAAUGUUUGUCCACCAUCUUGGAUCCGCCAUCUUGGAUCCGCCAUCUUGGAUUUCCGUUUUUUUGUUAAAAUUAUAAUUUACAGCAACUUUCAAAGGGGAAAAAGCUCAGAAUGUAUAAAAGAAGUAUGAAACUAAUGUUUAUUACCCAAACAAUUGACUUUGGAAGUGUUAUUUGGAAAAUAGAGCAGCAUAUUUGUCAAAGCAAAAAAGUGACAAAUUUUACCCCACCCCUCCCCCCAAAUAUUCGAUGUUGAAACAUUUUGAUGUAAUUCAAAAACUAGUCCCAAGAAAAGACCAUUUUAACAACAAAAAGCACUAUAAGUGUAAAAACGCGAUCUUAAAACAAAAAAAUCACCAUUUUUUAAAUUUUCCAAAACCUAUGUGUCAGAAACUGGUUGCCAUGGCAACAUGAUUAAUCACAUGGACAUGGUAAUUAUACCAAAAUGUUCCUAGAUAAAUUUUAGGAAAAGUCAGAAAAUUUGAACGUCCUAGCUCUUUCGGUGUAGGAGUUAUCACGACUUUGCCGGAGGGGGGGGUCGAAAAGGUGAAUUUUACCCCGACAAUGUGCGUUAUUGACCCCAGCAUUUGAUGCUCGCUACGGUCUCAAAAUUCGGUUUAUUUUUAAUUCGUUUUUUGAUAUUCUUGUCCACCCGCGAAAAUUCUAUACCCAUGAUCGACCUGCGAAAAUCCACCCGGAACCCGCGACAAUUUACCUGUGACCUGCAACAAUUUACGCGCCACCGCGAAGAUUAGACUCUUUACUCCCACUGAUGCUAUUCUAUGAUUUAGUUUGAUAUCAGUAUUAUUAUUUUGAUAUGAUAUGUUUCGUAAACUGCCUAAAAUGAGUCUUUGUUUCAGUUUGAUGUAAUGUUAAGCAGUGCAGGUUGUUUGUUUGUUUGUUGUUGUCGUUUUACAAAGCUUUUUUCAGUGUUUAAGAAUUUACUCAGAGGAAAGUGGAUUUCAGAUUCUUCUCAUGCAAACCAACAAAAAACCGCUAAGAUUUUGCGCCGAAUUUCCCAUUUCUUUCCAUUACCCUUGGGCUUUUUUAUUAUAGCCCUCGCUCCAAUCACUUUUUUCACAGUUAGGUUUGAUUAGUUCGAAGCUCUGAUCGCAUCUCUGUACGUUUUGAGCUUUUACCGGUAUACAAUUUUUUAUCUUUGUAUCUUUUUAUUUCUUUUUAGUGCGUUCAUCGCGACCUUUCAGCUAGAAAUGUCUUCAUUGGUGAAAACCUCGUAGCCAAAGUUGGCGACUUUGGAUUGGCACGUGAUAUCUCAGACUAUGGUAUUUACACCAAAAUAUCCAAUGUAAGUACAUGUAGGCUCGGGAACCGCUUCAAACUGCACAAUUUUGGGACAGCCGACAUUUUCAACUGUUAA